CCGUCUUCGAAAAUCGAUAAACCACCGCGUUCCGCCUUCCCGGUUUCCGUCUCCGCCUUCCGAUGGAAUCUCACGGCGACUGCCGCUCCCCAAGCUCUCCCCAAGCGCCUACCUCCACCAGCUGCGCCGGCUCCGGCGCCGGCGACGCGCACUCCGCCGCCACCUGCGCCAGAUGCGGCGGCCCCACCGCUUACCCUUCCCCCCCGCCCUCCUUCUCCGGCGUCUCCCCGCCGCCGGCCUACCGCCCCAUCCGCGCCCCCGCCGUCAACCUGUCGCCGGAAUCCCUGUACUCUCAGCAGCAGGCGAUCAUCCUAGCGCCCGUGCCUCAGUCGCAGAAGGUCCCGAUCGUCUCUCCGCCUUAUCGGUUCCAAGUCCCGGUCAAGAGGAUCCAGUCUCCGGACGAUCUCCGCCGGUUCCACGACUCCGACGCCUCCAAGAACUUCCUUGGCUUCGUCGUCGCUCUCUCCGAGUCGAUUCGGGGCCGCAAGAUCUCGGACUCGUGCCACGAAUCGUCCACUGUGUCCGCGAUCGUGUCGAUUCUCGAGACCCUGGCUCGCUGGAUCGAGGAAAUUCCUCCGGUCCAGCAAGCCGCGCGUUACGGUAAUGUCUCGUACAGGAGUUGGCAUGAGCGUUUGGAAGAAACUAGUGAGUCCUUGAUGCUUGCAUUUCUUCCUGACGAUCUGCGAUCUGCGACGGUCGAGAUUGUACCUUAUUUUACUGAUAGUUUUGGUAAUUCAAGUCGCAUUGAUUAUGGCACUGGGCAUGAGACCAAUUUUGCUGCGUGGUUGUAUUGCUUAGCGAGGAUAGGAGUUAUUAAGGAAGAAGAUUACCCAGCUGUAGUGGCCAGGGUUUUUGUGAAGUAUCUAGAGUUGAUGAGGAAAUUGCAGUUGGUGUACUCUUUGGAGCCUGCGGGUUCACAUGGGGUUUGGGGUCUUGAUGAUUAUCAUUUCUUGCCUUUCAUAUUUGGGUCAUCGCAGCUGAUUGGCCAUAAGUAUAUGAAGCCCAAGUCAAUUCACAAUGAAGACAUAUUGGAGAACUUCUCCAAUGAGUAUAUGUAUUUCUCUUGCAUCGCAUUUAUUAGGAAGGUGAAGAAGGGAUUGUUUGCUGAGCAUUCACCGCUGUUGGAUGAUAUCAGUGGAGUGCCUAAUUGGAACAAGGUGAAUAGUGGGUUGCUGAAGAUGUACAAGGCAGAGGUCUUGGAAAAGGUCCCCAUUAUGCAGCAUUUUCUGUUUGGCUGGCUCAUUAAGUGGGAGUAGACGUGUGCUUGUCUGCUGGUGCUGCCUGCUGUUCCAUAAUCUGAAGAUAUCACUG